GUUAGAUUGAACGAAAUUGAUCUUGGAGACAUGCAAAAGAAUCAACAAAGAAAAUCGUUAUAUAUUGAAAAAUUAAAAGAAAGGCCUAUUGCUGAGCACACAAAUAAAGCUAACGAACAACAUUAUGAG